ACCGACAACGGACUGGUCUGGGUCUAUGACUCUAUUGGUUUUGGGUAUGAAGACAACAAAGAAGUUGAUAACACAAGAAAGAUAUUGCUAUAUAGCUACCAUGAUCUUCCGUAUUAUCCACGGCUUUGUUUAUUGCACCUAAGCAUAUACCCUGAAGAUUAUGAGAUCAAAAAACACACUUUAAUAUGGAAAUGGGUAGCUGAAGGAUAUGUCCAUGAGGAACUAGGAAAAGGGUUAUUUGAGAUUGGAGAGAGAUACUUCAACAUGCUCAUAGAUAGAAGCAUGAUCCAGGCAGUGGAGAAGCCAUAUCACAGCAUAAUAUAUGCUUGUCGUGUGCACGAUUUGGUACUUGAUAUGAUUCAUUUUCUGUCCAAUGAAAAAAGUUUUGUUAAUGUACUGAACAGUAACAGGACACUCACCUCUCCGCAUAGGUUAGCCAUACAAAAUGAAGUUGUAGAGCUUGAUAGAUAUGUGGCUAACACGAGCAUGCAACACGUGAGGUCAUAUAAUGCCACCUUGUGUCGAUUUGGUAUGUUGCCAUUGCUUUCAAACUUUAAAGCUCUACGUGUGUUGGAUUUAGAAGACUGCACUUUUAUAGGAAGAAGUUGUGUGAAGCCGGAAGAUUCUCCUUUUCAUCUUAAGCAUCUUGGGAGGUUGACUCACCUGAGGUACCUUGGGCUCUCGAGCCAAUUUUGGUUAUGGGGCCCACCUUUUAUUGAGUUGCCUAAAGAAAUAGGUGGCCUAAAGUUUUUGCAGGUGCUGGACUUGAGCAGAACUUGCAUAUUAGAACUGCCUCAAAGUGUUGGUCAGCUAACAAAACUGAAGUGUCUGCGCUUUGACGGUCCUAGCAUGGGGGUGUUGGACUGGACGAACCUAACGUCUCUAGAAGACCUGCGAUUGAGUCGUGUCAGUUCGGACUUUCUGAAAGAGUUGGGCAAACUGACAGAGCUGAGAGAGUUUUGGAUAACAUUUGAUGAGUGUGAUAAUAUGGUGUUCACAGAUUUGAUGGGCUCUCUUGGCAACUUGAAAAAACUUCAAGUCAUAUAUGUUGAUCAAGGAUCACGGCAUGAUAAGCCGUGGUCCAGUUAUGAAGGCUCUAUGAACCUUGGGCACCUCCGUCAUCUAAUACUGAAUAGCCCGUUUCCUGGGUUGCCAGUGUGGGUUAACUCUUCGUGCCUCCCGAAACUCUGUCACUUGUCUAUGCAUCUGCAGGCUACAGAAUCUCAUCACAUGGAUAUCUUUGGGAGGUUCUCAGAGCUCGUUACUCUGCACAUUCGCUCCCUUGAUUGCAUUGUUUUUCCUGGCGCCAUGGAUGAGGAUGCAUUCCCCAAGUUGAGACAUUUGCACUUGCAAUAUGAUGUACAACCCAUAUUUCGACGGGGAGCAAUGCCCAACCUUGAGUUUCUUCGGUUAUCUAUCAAGUCAUGGACCAGUGAUGUGGACUUCCUUAUAAUGGAAACUCCGUACUGUUACAGGGCAGCGGCGUGGACUUUCCUAGCUUGGAGAACCUCCCUCGUCUUGAGAAAAUUGAUGUUGACUUUCAUAUUAUCCCUGCAUUGGGAAUCGACCUGUCGCAAUCAAAUGCAUCGUUGAAGCAUACAGUUGAACUUAGCAGUAACAUCACACACUCCAAUACAACUUUGCUUAUGUGACACAUAUUUAAUGAAGAGAGAGGUGCUUGUGGUAACUAGCUAAGUUACCGGAACAUCACACACUCCAACAAACAAUGAGUCCAUAGCCUAAUAAAUGCAUUGUUGCAUGACACUACAUAUAUGUUACUCCCCAUUGUGGAGGUAGGAACAUAGUCUAGAAAAGUGUGUAGGUUCCUACCUUAUGUUACUCCCCAUUGUGACCAGCCUGAGAUCCAUCCCAACCAUCCCACACUUACAUUGAAGGUGCGUACUACGCGUAACAUCACAAAAAUAGAUGCUCCCUUGUGUACUUUCAACAAAAAAGAUUUUUUUUUCUCAUUUCACUUUUUUUUCGUUCGUAGAUUGUCGCCGGUGUACCUUACUGGACCGAAACCCGUUAGUGUUUGAUGAAGCUAUUCCUUCCAUGCGUUAUGUCAUGGCUCAGAUGGCAAGCGAAGGAUGGGCAUGGAGAAUGGCAUGCCUUCUAAAGGGAGGCCUCGAUUGGUUCUUCGAGGCAAUUCACAUGUGGGGCGUGAGUGAGUAGUGUUAAACAUGUAAUAUUGAACCCAUAUUGUAGAUGCGGACAGGCUUUAGAGCAGCAAGGAGUUGUUAGGAGAUAGACUUUGUGUUUAACUUUGUACCUUAUCUCUAUCUCCCUCCUUGUAAAUCUCUCUCUCGGUUGAUCUCUAUAACAACCACACCUUGUAACUCAAGCCAAGAUGAAUACAUAAAUAU